AGCAAGGUGGUGGAGAGGCCGCGCGUGCUCUACAAUGACAUGACUAAGCGUUACGUAAUGUGGAUGCACGUUGACGAGGCUGACUACGAGCUGGCGCGCUGCGGCGUUGCCACGUCGACGCGCGCGGGGGGGCCCUUCACCUACCGCGGCAGCUUCCGGCCGCACGGCCACAUGUGCCGGGACUUCACCGAUGAUGACGGCAGCGCCUACAUAGCUUACUCAUCAGAGGACAACAAGGUCAUGCACAUUGCGCAGCUGACAAAAGAUUACAUCUCAGUCGGCAAGGACUUUGUCCGGACCAUGGUGGGAAUGAGCAGGGAGGCACCAGCGAUGUUCAAAUACAAGGGCCUGUAUUUGAUGCUGACCUCUGGGUGCACCGGGUGGGACCCCAACAGAGCAGAGAUAUUCUUUGCCAGGUCGCCGUUGGGGCAGUGGGAGUCACUGGGCAACCCCUGCAUAGGGGGCACGAUAAUGGCGCGCCAGCGCACCUUCUACGCGCAGGCCACGCAUGUUCUGCCGAUGCCGGGGCGGCCGGGCGAAUUUCUGUUCCUGGCAGACCGCUGGGUUCCCUCCAACCUCGGCUCCUCCAAGUACAUCUGGCUGCCCAUGUGGGUGAGGGAGGUGCCAGGAGGCGCUGACAUAGCGCUGACUCAGCAGCGCAUCCGCCGACGCCAGCGCUUCCGAAGCAUGCGCCCCGGCGCCGCAGCCGCAAACCACAGCAUUCCCUCCAUAGACGUCGUCGUCAGGUGA